CUCGGUACCCCUCGGGCCGGAGCCGUCGUGUCUCCGGAGGGGCCGGUCCGUGGCCGGGGCGCUCUUGCACGCGAAGCCGCCGCCGGAGCAGUAUCUAGUCUCCGGAGAGGCUGUUAGUUGAAAUUUGGGGAGGGUGGCGUCUUCUCAGAGAGCUUGCCCGGAGAAGACUGAAGCUAAAGGCUAGAAGCCUGAGUGCGUGCCCUAAGAUCGUGGGUGAUGGCUGCCGAGGUGCCAAGAGUAGCCACUCCCCUGAGCCCCGUGGUCCACGUACCUCAAGAGGAAGACGAACAGGAGGAGGAGGUCACCACCAUGAUCCUGGAGGACGACUCUUGGGUACAGGAGGCUGUGCUGCAGGAGGAUGGCCCCGAGUCCGAGCCCUCUCCCCAGAGCGCCGACAAGGGCAGCCCCCGCGAGGAGGUGGUCAGAGGCCCGCAAGGCGCACUCAGCCGCCUUCGAGAGCUCUGCCGGCGCUGGCUGAGGCCAGAGGUGCACACCAAGGAGCAGAUGCUGACCGUGAUGCCAAGGGAAAUUCAGGCCUGGCUGCAGGAGCACAGGCCCGAAGGCAGCGAGGAGGCAGUGGCUCUCAUGGAAGACUUGACCCAGACCCUCCGGGAUGGUGAUUUUGAGAUCCAGAGUGAAAACGGGGAGAACUCUAAUCAAGACAUAUUUGAGAACGGGGAGUCGCAUGAGAUCUUCUCAGAAAUGCCGGGAGGGGAAGGUGCUCAGCAGUCAGAUUGGGACAGCGACUUUGAGAGGGACUGUGGCUCCAGGGGGCCCCGAGGAAAGGCCUCAAGCGAGGGCCACAGGGAUGCGCCGCCACAGCGCAGGGAAGCUGGACAGCUCAUAGGCCUGCAGGGCACCUACCUGGGCGAGAAGCCCUAUGAAUGUCCCCAGUGCGGGAAAACCUUCAGCCGGAAAUCCCACCUGAUCACGCACGAGCGGACCCACACGGGAGAGAAAUACUACAAAUGUGACGAAUGCGGGAAAAGCUUUAGUGACGGUUCAAACUUUAGCAGACACCAAACGACUCACACUGGGGAGAAACCUUAUAAAUGCAGGGAUUGUGGGAAAAGCUUUAGUCGGAGUGCAAACCUCAUAACCCACCAGAGGAUCCACACGGGCGAGAAGCCCUUUCAGUGCGCCGAGUGUGGCAAGAGCUUCAGCAGGAGCCCCAAUCUCAUCGCUCACCAGCGAACCCACACGGGAGAGAAACCGUACUCAUGCCCUGAGUGUGGCAAGAGCUUCGGCAAUCGGUCCAGCCUUAAUACACAUCAGGGAAUCCACACUGGAGAAAAGCCCUAUGAAUGUAAGGAAUGUGGCGAAAGCUUCAGUUACAACUCCAACCUGAUCAGACACCAGAGGAUCCACACUGGGGAGAAGCCGUACAAAUGUCCUGACUGUGGGCAGCGGUUCAGCCAGAGCUCAGCCCUCAUCACCCACCGGAGAACUCACACAGGCGAGAAGCCCUAUCAGUGCAGCGAGUGUGGGAAAAGCUUCAGCCGCAGCUCCAAUCUGGCCACGCACCGCAGAACCCACCUGGUGGAGAAGCCGUACAAGUGCGGGGAGUGUGGGAAGAGCUUCAGCCAGAGCUCCAGCCUGAUCGCGCACCAGGGGAUGCACACAGGGGAAAAGCCCUACGAGUGCCUGACCUGCGGGGAGAGCUUCAGCUGGAGCUCCAACCUCAUCAAGCACCAGAGGAUCCACACGGGGGAGAAACCCUACAAAUGUGGCGAGUGCGGGAAGUGCUUCAGCCAGCGCUCCCAGCUGGUGGUGCACCAGCGGACCCACACGGGCGAGAAGCCCUACGAAUGCCUCAUGUGCGGCAAGAGCUUCAGCCGGGGCUCCAUCCUGGUCAUGCACCAGAGAGCCCACUUAGGGGACAAACCCUACAGGUGCCCUGAAUGUGGGAAGGGCUUUAGCUGGAAUUCAGUUCUCAUCAUACACCAGCGAAUCCAUACAGGGGAGAAGCCCUACAAGUGCCCCGAGUGUGGCAAAGGCUUCAGCAACAGCUCCAAUUUCAUUACACACCAGAGAACUCACAUGAAAGAGAAACUUUAUUGAUGUGGCAGAGGAA